AUGGAGGCCGGCAUUCGUGACCAGGAGGAUCGACUUGUCGGUCGUGCUCAUCACCCAACCCCCCAGUCGUCGCAACCUCGCAACUACGACGACAACGACGACAUCUCGCUGAGAGACCGCGAGCUUUACUAUCCUGACGUCGAGCAUUCCGCCGUCCGUGCAGAGCACCUGUACUCCAAUAGGUACAGCAGUAGUAGCAGCAGCAGAAGCAGUAGCAGCAAUCCUAACGGCGCCGAGGCUGUGCCGUUGCGUCUGCAGCAUUCACGCUCUGGCGCCCUUGCUUCCAAUGCUGCAAACAACGUCCACGCUGCAAACGCAAACGCCAAUCUGAAUGGCAUCGCCAAUCCCGACGACUUUUACAAAUCCUACCGUGCUGUCAACCUGCCCACGCUGGACUCGAGUGCCGGCAGCGAACACGACAGAUUGAUGGCGUCGUCAUCGACAGCCACACCUGCGCAGAGGCAGAACCCCAACGCCUCGCUGCGAUCAAACAGCAACGGCUCGACACCCAAGCAUCCUGCAGUGCCCGCAACUCCAAAAACUGGAGCUAGAUCGGCUUCACGUUCAGUCUCCGCGCCCUUGACCGAGGGCAGCGUUGGUGGCGCUUCAAAGUUGAGACCUGCAGCUUACAGUAGCAGACAACCCAGCGUUAAAGACCUUAAAAAGCGUUUCGAUCAGAAUGCUGCGGCGCAGGUGAGCAAUGGAAGUACCGCCGCUAUGCCUUCUACUCGGGGAUCCGCCCCUCGCUCCGUGCCUCGAGAUUCCCCGUCUGCAUCGGCCGGCUAUCGCGGAGUUGGGAGCAGUAGUGUCAAUGGCUCGACACCUCCAACACUCAAGUCACAUUCGACAUCAGGCAGCACACACGCCUCGCGACCAUCACAAAGACCCAGGUAUCAUCCCGAGGAUCAGGUGUCGAGCAAUUCACAGUCAUUUGCAAGUCGCAUAUCGAAACCACGAAAUAGCAACAGCCUAUCCUCCAAAUCCAUGAGUAAUCUCUCACCAGAUUCGCCGAUUAGCGCACAAACAAUACCCACCGUGCCUGCUCCGGAAACUAAUAAUGCCAAGUCAGCUGGCCAGGGCCCUCUUCUUUUUGGCGAGAUUCUUCCAGGAGAGCACGAAAUAGGAACGGCUGGCUACGGGAUUGACGGGCUGAGGCAAAGACGAACCUCCGAGUCAAACAUUCAGGCUGCCUCCAUGCUACAUCAGAGAAGCCUUUCGCACGCCGACGCUGAGCCUGCUUCGCCGACGGACUGGUAUCGCAAUAGCGGGCCCAGACGCGACAGGAGUGCAUCCCCAGCGAAGCUAUACAAGAGUCACAACAGAUCUCAUAGCGAUCUGGCAGGGACAAAAGCUGCUUUGGCGCAAUUGAAAACACCACUGACUUCCCGCAAGCAACAAGUAGCCUCGAGCUCAGAUCGGACCAUUGCUGGCACAUCCAAGUUGCCUGUAUCGAUUCGCAAGAACAGUCCCUCUUCGUCGUCUGCAGAGAGCCCUCCUUUCUCUCGAUCUAACACUCCAUCAGCUGGAAAACGCCCAGCCAGUAGGACUCAGGGUAGAAUACCGAAACCAACACCGAUCAAUACGUCUUCGACAAGGGCAAAGACACCAACGAGCGGUCAAACGGGAAAGUCGCGCCCUGGAGCAAUCACCCCCAACAGUAAUACACGUCUCAACGCCUACAUCUCUGCGCCACCACCUAAGCUCUCGCCGCCACUGCGUAGCUCACGACCUCGGCAACCCGUCUCAAGCGCAUCGACCGCAAGCUCCAGGAUGCGAGCUGUCGAGAGAGGCAGGUCUCCUGCAAAAGCCGAUUCGAGGACAAGUAAGCAUACCGAACCUAGGAGGAGAAAGCUUUCUAUGGGCCCCAUCGACUUUAAUGCUCGCCGAGAGCAGAUCAAACUCUCGUAUACGAAAAGCAUCAAGGAGACCGAGGCCAAGGCGGCUGCCAAGAGACAAGCAGCAAUCGAAGAAGAGAAGCGACGGAGAGCUGAGGAGGAUCGGAUUGCAGCCGAGCAAGCCCACCAACGUGAUAUUGAAAGCCAACGCGAGGAGGAAGAAAUGGCUGCUCUGAAAGCUGAGGCCUCUCUUACCGAACCUGUACUUCGUAGCAAACAACAAGAUCAUCCAGGACCAACAUCAGCAGCCAUCGCUUCGGAACCGCCAUUACCUCCAGAUUUUCUAGUGCCUGGCGCAACAUCAGCAGCCAUUGCUUCGGAACCGCCCCUACCUCCAGAUUUUCUGGUGCCUAGCACACCAUCAGCAGCCAUAACUUCGGAACCGCCUCUACCUCCAGAUUUUCUAGUGCCUGGCGCAACAUCAGCAGGCAUUGCUUCGGAGCCGCCUCUGCCUCCAGACUUUCUAGUGCCUGGCACAAAAUCGACUACAACAAAGAUCACUCUGGAUUCGCCUACCCUCGGCAUGCCUGGUACAUUUCCCUCAUUUGGCUCACCCGGACGACAUGAAGAAGCACUGCCUUCGGCUGCAUCAGAUACCACCGAAUUUGAUACUGAAGCUCAAACCGAACCUCCCCAUCAAACAGCGGACCCACACGGAAUUGGCUAUAAUGACAAUGUCGAGGUUGCAAAUAUCGCACAUACUGUUUCUGAAUAUAGAUCGCCGUUCGAGGAAUCCCCGCAAGAUGACUCGGCAUCUAUCAACAUAUCUCUCGACGUGACAUCACCGCAGUCUGAGGGAGUGGCUAUUCCAAGCAGCGGCAUAGCAACUGACCGCAGCUCAGAAUAUCAUUCAAAGGACGAAUAUGCACCACAACCAUCUACGUCACCCACGCACCAGAACAUCGUGGCCACUGCCAAUCGAGAGUCUGAGUUUAUUGUCGAGUUUCCAGAAGCUGGCGAAGGAUCAUCCCUGAACGGCGCGCUGCCCGUUGAGACCAGCCAGCAAGACCCAAUUCGGGACCAUUCACGUCAAGAACAGAAUACACAGUACAGGCAAGAGACUUCAUCUAGUGAUGAUUUCAGUGAUCGAGACACACCGCUCAGGAGGCUGGAAGAAUUCUAUAUAGGCCCAAAUGUGGCCGAGUCCGCAGCACGUCUUCGCAGCUCUGGAGCAUCAAAGACUUCUAGUCGUCAUACCAGAACAUGGUCCAUGGAGCAGAACGAAUUUGCGCAUUCGGACAUUUCCAGAUUUUCGACCGAGACAAAGAGGAUAGGAGAGCCAAGGCCGAGUCUGACGGUUCCCAGGACAUCAGUCUCUGGGAACCGCUCGAGCCAGAACACCGUUUGGACCGACUAUUCUAUCGACAGCCACACUGAGUAUCAAGAAUACUCUGUCAAGCUCACGAACUCGGCUUAUCGUGAUAGUGAUUCGAUUUCUGAUGCAGGUUCGAGAGCGCAGCGCAGAUCCGAGUUGUAUCCCUCAAGUCCAGAGACUUCACCCCACGGCAGUUAUCGUCGUCCCGAUCUCACAGGGAACCAGCUUCCAACAUCAGGUCAUCAGCUGCCUGAGCUAGACACAGGUGGUGGUUUUGUCGUGGACUAUGUUACUCGCCAGAAUAGUUCGCAAUUCGCUGUUCCCAACUUGCCGGAUCACUCUCCACCUCCGCCUCCAGGUGAAGCUACUUUCCCGGAUUUGAGUUCUGCGCCACCCAGUGACUAUUUUGACGAUACGCGUCCAAGCAGCUACCUGCACAAUGGUCAGGAUGGCUACAGUUCAUUUUCUGCGUCCAGGCCUCAGAGCGAGAGUUUUGACUUGCCAGGCUCUACCCCACGUUCAAUCGACCAAGGCUCAUUCGAGAAUUCCGAAGGGCCAGCAUCAACCAGGACGCGGAUGGACAGUCAAACAACGCUUGCAGACAGUUUUGAUCAGCAAGAGAAUUCGACUGGGAUUUCUGCCAAGGAGAGGAAGCGAUUGUUUACUCGCCUGGAAACUCUGAAGGAAUUGGUCGACACAGAAGCCUUCUUUGUUCGGGAUAUGAGCAUUGUCGAAGAAAUCUACAAGGGAACCGCAGAGGCUUGCCCUAAACUCGACGACAAGAUCAUCAAACUCAUCUUCCGAAACACUGAUCAGAUUAUUGCAUUCCACACAGCUUUCCUGGCUGAACUAAAAGAAGGUGUUGCCAGCGUUUAUGUCCCAAAAACAUCCAGGUCGAUUGUUCAAAAGGACACAUCAAGCCAGACCGAUAGUAUUGCGGGAUCUAUCGCGAGUGUGGGCCAGUUGGAUGAUGGGAAAGAUCGUGAGACAUCUCUCGGGCCCAUCUUCCAACGCAACAUUGAGAAGAUGAAGAUCAUUCACGAGACCUUCUUGAAGAACAGCGACCAUGCUGCCAAACAGCUAAUUCAGAUACAAGAGGAUGCCACAGUCAAGGUCUGGCUAAACGAGUGCAACGAGGUAGCUCGAGACCUCACAAAAGCAUGGAAUCUUGAUUCUUUGUUGAUCAAGCCCAUGCAAAGAAUUACGAAGUAUCCCAAUCUGCUAAUUCAGCUGCUCCAUGAGACCCCCCCUGAUCACCCGGACCGCCCCGCACUAGAAGGGGCCAAAGCCACUCUGGAAGAUGCAAUUGAAGAAAUUAACAAAACCAAGAAGAACUUUGAGCUCGUUGGCCAGAUUGUCGGCCGCAAGAGGAAAGAUUCCGUUGGAGGUUUCGCCAGAGCUUUUGGCAAGCGUGUCGACAAGCUUCAAGCUGCUAGCAACAAACCUGCCGAGGAUGCCGAUUAUUUGAAACUUCACGAGAAAUUCGGUGACGACUAUCUCCGCCUCCAGGUAGUUCUCCGAGACGUCGAAUUUUACACAAGGCAAGUCAGCGCGUAUGUCCAUGAGUUCCUGCAGUAUCUCUCAUCGAUGGAGCUGGUCAUGCGACUACAACCUUCACCGCAUCCCGAGUUGGAGAGCAAGUGGGUGCGUUUCAAUGUGUCUAUGAGAGAUAUUGAGAAAGUUGCCCUUGAGCAGCAUCUCUCCCAAGUCAGAAAGCAAGUCAUUGAACCCUUCGAAAUGGUCAUCAAGGCAUAUAGCAAUCCAUCUCUUGCCAUGAAGAAGAGGACCAAACGACGAGCCGAUUAUGAGAAGUCCAUGCAGCUCAAGAAAGCUGGCAAGAAACUGGACAAGCAGCUGGUCGAAUGCGUAGAGCAAUAUGAAGCACUAAAUGAUGCCCUGAAGAAGGAGCUGCCCAAGCUUUCUGCACUGACCGAGAAGGUCGGGAACAUUUGCCUUGGCAAUCUGGUCAAUAUCCAAACGCAGUGGUACGCGAUCUGGAAAGAAAAGGUCAAGGUUGUUCUGGGUAAUUCCCAAAUUCCUGAAGUGUCCGACAUUGUCACGAGUUUCCAGCGCGAAUUCAAGUAUCAGGAGGAGCAGAUUAACUCCAUGUCUAUCCUAAACCCCGGAUCGAAACCUCGACCUUCACAGUCCAGUAACGAUGACCAACCACAUCGACUUCGACCACGGCCAUCGGAGCUUUCUAACAUAUCAGGACGAGGACUAUCAGUGAAUAGUGACGUGGCACCUUGUCUACCGACACCCGACUUUGUCAAUCGUCACAGUGGGCAGUUUACAGUAUCCCCAUCGAUACAAUCGAUGCCCAGUCCACAGCACUCCUAUUACCGUGACUACUAUGCUGGCGGUAGCACUAACACGCUGACCGAAACCCACACGUUGCAUUCGAUAGACCAUUCAGGGGCGGUACGACCUGGAAUACGUCCUGGCACUGGCCAGAGCUACGAUUCUGGUAGCCUUCCUCGUCAGAGCACAGACUCUGGAUUCCCGACCAAACGCUACUCGAAUUCAGCUUUCCCAUCUGGUCAGCAAUCACCACCAGACUUGGCGCAGCCUCAGCGAUUUUCGGGCCUCUUCAGCUCUGCCAUGCCAUUGCCAGAUGCACCAGAGAGACCAGAGAGACCAGAGAGACCAGAGAGAAGCGUGAGGCCGUCGCGCGCGUCAUCUCGCGCUUCUUCACGCGAAAGGCAGCCCAUUAACGGCUAUAAUGUGAUGUGGCUCGCAGCCUCACUUUUUGAAUUCAACAUUGAAACAACGAAGGUGGAAGCUGGGUACCCUUACCUCACGUACCAAGCCGGCGAGAUCUUUGAUGUGAUAGCGGAGAAGGGUGAACUGUGGCUUGCCAAGAACCAAGACGACCCCAAUAAUCUCGUUGGCUGGUUAUGGUCGAAACAUUUUGCCAAACUUGCCGACGACUGA